AUGUCCAUGAUGGUGCGAGAGCGGGCGGAGCGUAUGGAGAGGACCAAACGCGAGAUGGAGGAGGAGCUCGCCUCCAGGCAGCGCCAGAGGGAAGAGGCGAAGAUGCAGAGUGAGGCACAGAACAACCUCUGCCGCAUGCAGGAGAUGCGACGCGCCAUCGAGCUGCAGUUGCAGCAGAAGCAGGAGCAGCGUCGGCUGGACGAACUGCAGCGCCAGGCCGUCCAUAAGACGAUGAUGGAGAAGCUGGCCGAGGAGGAGCGGCUGGAGCUGCUGACGCUGGCGGCGCGGCGGCGGCGCGAGCUGGAGCACCGCCGCCAGGUGGAGCGCAUGAUGGAGGAGAACCGGCGUCGCCGCGACGAGGAGAUCGCCCAGCUGUGCCACGAGAAGCGCGAGCUCGAGCGCAUGGAGGCCGACCGGCUGCGCCUGGUCGAGCAGGAGCGGCGCCGGCUGCUCGAGCAGCACGCCAUCAAGCUGGUCGACUUCCUGCCGAAGGGAGUGUUUCGGGACGAGAAGGAGCUGCAGGAGCUGGGCAGCCAGUCAGAGGCCGUGGACACGCUGCGAGAGAAGGCCGAAGAGGGCAGCUACGUCCGCAUCUGCUAGCCAGGCUCGGAUGUCCAGCACGAGGGUGUCGUCCGGAGUCGGCGGGUCAGGAGCCGUCCCGGGCGUCGACGCUUCCCACGGACGCUAGCACGAUCUCAUCGAGUACGAAAAUCGAGGCGCCGCCGCCGCGGCCGUGUGGGCGGCGGGCGGCCGGGCCAGUGCUAACGAGGCUGCUCGAGCGGGGCUCUUGCCGUGCAGGAGCGGGGGGGGGGGGGCGCCGGCUGACCCUCGAGGGUGCGGUCAGGCGGACUAAAUUGUCCUGUGUGUGGCCGCGGCUGAAGCGCGGUGGUCCGUCCGAUACACUCCGUCCAGAGAUGUGUUUGUCAUGUGUCGCUCGAGGAGUCUGACCACCGGCUGCCAUCCUGGCGAGCAAAUACAUUCC